GUGGAUGGCCAGACGUUGGAGAUUACGAAUUGGCCGCUUGCAAAGGCUCCUUAUAUACUCAACGCCCACCGAGCCACCCGUUCUGCACAUCCUCUCCCCUCACACAUACAACUCGACCCACAGCAACCAUGUCUAAAGGCGAGUGUCCCAUGAAGGCUGCCAACGUCGCCGGCGGUGGCACGUCCACACGCGACUGGUGGCCCAACGAGCUCAGGCUCAAUGUCCUGCGCCAGCACGAUCCCCGCCAGAACCCUCUGAGCGCCGACUUCAACUAUGCCGAGGAGUUCAAGAAGCUCGACUACCCGGCCUUGAAGAAGGACAUCGCCGCCCUGAUGACCGACUCCCAGGACUGGUGGCCUGCAGACUUUGGUCACUACGGUGGUCUCUUCGUCCGCAUGGCAUGGCACUCUGCCGGCACCUACCGCGUCUCUGACGGCCGCGGUGGUGGCGGUGACGGCCAGCAGCGCUUUGCUCCGCUCAACGCCUGGCCCGACAAUGUCUCGCUCGACAAGGCCCGUCGCCUGUUGUGGCCCAUCAAGCAGAAGUACGGCAACAAGAUCUCCUGGGCCGACCUGAUGCUCCUCACCGGCAACGUCGCCCUCGAGACCAUGGACUGCCCCACAUUCGGCUUUGCCGGUGGCCGUGCCGACACAUACCAGUCCGCCGAGGACGUUUACUGGGGCGGCGAGACCGAGUGGCUGGGCAACGACGUCCGCUACCACGACGGCAACAAGGGCGUCGAGGGCGAGGGCGUCGUCGAUGGCGACCAGUCCAAGAACGACGUCACAUCCAAGAACGAGGUCCACUCGCAGCGCGACCUCGAGAAGCCGCUUGCUGCCGCACACAUGGGUCUCAUCUACGUGAACCCCGAGGGCCCCGACGGUGUCCCCGACCCUGUUGCUGCUGCUCACGACAUCCGCACCACCUUCGGCCGCAUGGCCAUGAACGACGAGGAGACCGCCGCCUUGAUUGUCGGUGGCCACUCCUUCGGAAAGACACACGGUGCUGCUCCCUCCGAUAACACCGGCACAGACCCCAACGGCGCCGACCUCGCUGAGCAGGGCUUCGGCUGGAAGAACGAGCACGGCUCUGGCAAGGGUCCCGACACCAUCACAUCCGGUCUCGAGGUCACCUGGACCGGCACCCCCACCAAGUGGAGCAACAAGUACCUCGAGUACCUGUACAAGUUUGAGUGGGAGCUUGAGAAGUCUCCUGCUGGCGCCAACCAGUACGUCGCAAAGGGCGCUGAUUCCAUCAUUCCCGAUGCGUAUGACUCCAACAAGAAGCACAAGCCUCGCAUGUUGACCACUGACUUGUCGAUGCGCUUCGACCCUGCUUACGAGAAGAUCACCCGCCGCUGGUUGGAACACCCCGAGGAGCUGCACGACGCCUUCACACGUGCGUGGUUCAAGCUUCUCCACCGCGACAUGGGCCCCCGCUCCAGGUGGCUCGGUCCUGAGAUCCCCAAGGAGGUUCUCAUCUGGGAAGACCCCGUCCCCGAGCAGGAGGGUGAGGUCAUUGGCGAGAGUGACAUCGCGUCGCUCAAGAAGGAGAUCCUCAACGCAGGUGUCGAGCCCUCCAAGCUCAUCCGCACUGCCUGGGCCUCGGCUGCUUCGUUCCGUGGCUCUGACAAGCGCGGUGGUGCCAACGGUGCCCGCAUCCGUCUCGAGCCUCAGAAGAACUGGGAGGUCAACAACCCCUCUGAGCUCCAGGAGGUCCUCAAGGCUCUUGAGGGUGUCCAGUCCAAGUCCAGCAAGAAGGUCUCUCUUGCUGACUUGAUCGUUCUUGGUGGUGUCGCCGCGAUCGAGAAGGCUUCCGGCGUCUCUGUCCCGUUCACACCCGGGCGCACCGAUGCCACACAGGAGCAGACCGACGCCCAGUCGUUCGAGCACCUCGAGCCUGUCACUGACGGUUUCCGCAACUACGGCAAGGGCACCGACCGUGUCCGCACCGAGCAGCUGGACGUCGACAAGGCCAACCUUCUCAAGUUGACCCCACCUGAGAUGACUGUUCUUGUUGGUGGUCUGCGUUCUCUCAACGCUAACUGGGACGGUUCAUCCCACGGUGUCUUCACCAAGCGCCCUGGCCAGCUCUCCAACGACUUCUUUGUCAACCUUCUUGACAACAGCGUUGAGUGGAAGGGCACCGGCUCCGGCAGCCCUUACGAGCUGUACGAGGGCAAGGACCGCAAGAGUGGCCAGAAGAAGUGGACAGGUACCCGCCACGACCUGAUCUUCGGUUCGCACCCCGAGUUGCGCUCCAUUGCCGAGAUCUACGCACAGCCCGACAACGCCGAUAAGUUCGUUAAGGACUUUGUGGCAGCAUGGGACAAGGUUAUGAAUUUGGAUCGUUUCGAUAUCAAGGCGAAAGCGGUGAGUGGCACAUCAAGUGUUUCGACCAGGCCUCGUCUCUAAACGAGUGAUUCUUCUGUUACAUGUGCGCUUUAUGUACCGACUUCUCGCGACUGCGUUUACGUUCAGUAACAAAGCGCGGCUUACUGACGAGUAAUGAUAGUAAUGAUACCGUAAAUAGAGCUGUAGAGCCAUAGCCACCCAAAAGAUACCUAGGUAGUCGGUAGUGUAGGAUCAGAUAGGAGAGAGCAAAGCCAACCGAGAUCGAGGCAGAUAGCAUGACUUACGAAUGUCACAAAGUUACGACCA